CUGAAGAGGUGAAGCCACUACACACCACUAACUUGAGAUCGAUCAAUAUUUAGGUUGACUAUAUAUUCAACCGUCCAUUACUCUGUUUCACAAUUUUUAGCUAAAAAUCAAACUUUGCCUCCAAUGUCUUCUUCCAAGUCACCUAAAAACCCCAAGGCUCUUGAAGCCAAUCCAGAUUUAAUCAGUAAUCUACCACCUAUCGCCACAGAUAAAAUUCUUAAAAACUUGCCGCUUGAAAUGGCAGCUAGGAUGAGCGUAUUAUCAACAAAAUGGAAUGAGAAUUGGUUGUCUCUUAGACACCUUCUCUUUGAUAAAGAAUUCUGGGAAAGACAAGGUUACAAGUAUCUGAUAACUUACGACACUUACCACAUCGUCAGCAAUAUUCUCUUCCAUCACAAUGGCCCUUUACACCAAUUGCCUGUUGGUUCAGUGGUGAUUGAGGCUGAACUUGGUAGGAAGGACCUCGUGUUCGAUCCCCGCAACAACAAUUGGGAGGGGACUGGAACCUAUCCACUCAGAACUCGCCCCGAAUCCGGAUUAGCCCUAAGGGUGAACCGGAUGGUACACCAAAAAAAAACAAUGGCCCUUUACAAAAGUUUCAUCUCUAUAUUCCAAAAGCUAUUUCUUUCCAGGACUUGUGUCAAAAAAAUAGCUCUUCUUAAUUGGAAGGGUCCCGUACUCAUCACACCUUAUCACAUUUUCAAAUGCGAAGAAUUGGUGAAAUUGAGGCUGGUGCGUUUUGUUAUGAAUCCUCCACCACGUGACUUCAAGGGCUUUGCUAAUCUUCGGAGUCUUAAGCUAGUCGAUGUUGAAUGCAACCCUGAUAUUUUUGGGAGCUUAAUCGCAAGUUGUCCCAGGCUUCGAAAUGUGUAUUGGAUUGGAUCAUAUUGUUAUCGAUACAAGAGGAAGAACCCUAAAGGCAAUGCACUAGUACUGGACUCCUUAAAGGAUCUAGCAACUUCAUGUCAACUUCAAUAUCUUCAUUUUGGGGGUCGAUUGUUUGAGUUCUUGGCUAGAGGCGGUGUAAAAUCUCUUCCUGGGAUAUUAUUUUACCACCUAAAUAAGCUGAGUUUGACAGAACUUAACUACGGUCAUGUAGUUGUAUAUUUUUUUGUUCACGGCAUGGUCCGGAGGUGUCCUUUCAUCAAGGACCUUGAAAUUUCACUUACACCAACUACAAAAGUUCUCAAGUACAAAGUUGCCAUCGAUGACAACUACAAGUUGGACCAUCUUAUUAAGGUGAAGUUUACGGGUAUAUCAGGAUCAUGGGCAGAGCUGGAAAUCAUUGAGUACUUGCUUGCUAUUUCAGGAGCACUUGAAUAUUUUUACUUCAAGUGUGAAAAUCUUGAUGCAGCUUCUGAACUAAAGGUGUCAAGACACCUGAUGCGGUUCCAAAGAGCAUCAACAAAGGCGCAACUUGUUUGUUUGGAAUAGUAGAUCGAUGACCAGAUCAACUAAGAAACUAAGAAUAGUCAAUAUUCUAGAGUUCUAACUAGUAUAGGUUUUGAGUUUUUAAGCACUGUGUUUGUUGAUAACCUUACUACCUUAGUAAUGUAGUUCUCUGAAUUUUCUUGAAUGAUAAGAAUCUAUUGAUCAGUA